CCUAACAAUGAACACUACUACAACUUCAUCUUUUACUUUCCUUCUUCUCGUGCUCUUUUCAUUCUCGCCGGCGGCAUAUGGCGUCGGCCGCCGCCUUUUUCUCGAUUGCCUAUCCCAAAAACUCCACAGCUACUCUUACAUUUCCAAAAAUAUAAUUUUCACAAGAACCAAUCCUUCUUACACUUCCAUCCUCCAAUUCUCCAUCCGAAACCCGAGAUUCGCCACAGAAUCUAACCCUAAACCACUCGCGAUCAUAACCCCAGAACACGAAUCUCAAAUCCCGCUUGUUAUAUACUGCGCCAAAAGCUCAAACAUAGAGAUUAGAACCCGAAGCGGAGGCCAUGACUUCGAGGGACUAUCAUACGUCGCACAACGCCCCUUCGUGAUUGUUGAUCUGAUCAAUCUCAGCGAAAUAACUGUUGAUGUCAAGAAAAAAACCGCUUGGGUCGGAGCCGGCGCGACCAUCGGCGCAUUAUACUACAGAAUCGCUGAGAAAAGUCCGGUUUUAGGUUUUCCCGCCGGUAUCUGCCCGACAGUCGGGACCGGGGGCCACUUCAGCGGCGGCGGCUGGGGCCUCAUGAUGAGAAAGUACGGCCUCGCCGCGGAUAACGUCGUCGACGCGAGAAUAGCCGACGUCAGCGGCAGAAUACUAGACAGAAAGUCAAUGGGCGAGGAUCUGUUCUGGGCCAUUAGAGGUGGCGGUGGCGCCAGUUUCGGCGUGAUCACUGCCUGGAAGGUACAAUUGGUGGAUGUUCCAGAAACAGUUAUUGUCUUCUCAGUGAGCAGAACGCUGGAACAGAACGCAACUCAACUCAUCCAUCGUUGGCAAUACGUCGCUCCUAAUAUCCACAAAGAUUUGUUCCUCGGAAUCAUGAUAAGCAGAGUGAACUCCAAUGCCUCCGGCCGAGGCGGAAGGAACAUGACGAUAAACGCUUCUUUCUUUUCGCAGUUUCUUGGCGGCGGCGCCCGAUUGCUGGCGUUGAUGCAAGAACAUUUCCCCGAGUUAGGCCUUAAAAGAGAAGACUGCAAAGAGAUGAGUUGGAUCCAAUCCGUUCUCUACGCCGACGGAAUCCCAACUGAAUCUCCGCCGCAAAUCUUGCUAAACAGAACUCAACCAAACAUCGCAUACUUCAAAGGAAAGCCGGAUUACGUGGAGAAUCCAAUCUCCGAGAAAGAAUUUGAAGGAAUCUGGCAACAUUUCUACGAGGCCGAGGCUGCCUCGGCCUUCGUGCUAAUGGCACCUUAUGGGGGAAGAAUGGCGGAGAUUCCAGACUCCGCCAUUCCUUACCCCCAUAGAAAAGGGAAUUUAUACACAUUUGGAAGCUUAGUAGUGUGGCAGGAAGAGAAAGAUUCCGAAAGGUAUGUUGGUUGGAUUCGGAGGCUGUUUGACUACAUGACUCCUUACGCAUCGAAGAAUCCAAGGGGGGCGUAUAUCAACUACAGAGAUCUUGAUAUCGGAGUGAACAACGUUGGUGGAAAAACGAGCUAUGCGAAAGCGAGUGUUUGGGGGAAGAAGUAUUUCAAGGAUAAUUUCGAUCGUCUUGUUCGUGUGAAAACGAUGGUAGAUGCAGAUAAUUUCUUCAGAAACGAGCAAAGUAUUCCAACGAUUAUUAGGAAAAAAGCAUAAGCAUCCCAUUGAUUUCUUCCCUUCUGGAAAUUUGUUAAAUUUGUUCUCUGUCCUUUGGUAUAACAUGUAUUGCCAUAAAAUUAUUUAUAUGUCACUAAUCACAUGAAAAAUGACUAAUUACUUAUAUUAAAUGAGAUAUUGAUAGCAUAUGAAUGGGACAUCAGCAUUGACAUUUUAACUACAUGAAAUUUGUUUUUUUAAUGUAGAUCAUGAACUUGAGAAAAGAUAUGCUGUCAAUUUCAAACUCUAUAUUUUUGUCUUUCUAUAUAUAUAUAAACAAAUACAUUCUUCUUCCAUAUAUUGAGAACUGGAUAAUUUAAUUUGACCCAAACUUAUCUUGGUGAAGAAGCAUAUGAUUUCAAACUAGCAAAGUUAGUUUAAUCAAGCUCUGAUGUAAUGCUUUGCCAAUGCUCCAUCUAUAAAAAGAUUGAAAAAAGAAAGAACACAACACACAUCUCUAAACCAUGAAAACUCCAACCAUUUCUUUGAUUCUUCUUCUCAUCUUGUCGUGCUCAUUGGCAGCUUCUGCAGCCGGUGACUUCCUACAGUGUCUUUCCGAGAAAUCCGACAACUACUCUUAGGAGAUGGCAUUUGUGGCUGAUUUCCUUUACCAUGGCAGGUCUAAAUGCAGGUGGUACAAGCUGUCAACUGCAGCCUUGCAGUGUGCAGUUGGUGGAGGGGAAUUUGCUGGCUGACAUUGCCCUUCUCGGCCCAGCUCGGUCUCACCUUUCCGAAAGGUGUUGGCAGCCUCGCGCGGCUAGCCGCGGAGAGAGUGCUCCUUUGACGUCUCUCCCAUUCGAGCAUUUUCUGAAAUCUGGGUCGCGGCGGCCUGAUGGUGAAGAACGCCAUAGUUGCUAGGGCUCAACCAUGUAAUAGUAUAGUUCGACUUACUUCCCAACAUGUAUGAAAAGUUCGAUGUUAGUUGGUGUAUAUUUCUUUCUAGCAUUUGUAAUUCAUUGACUUGAAUUUCUUUAUACUGUAUUUAUACUUCUAUUCAAGAAAUAAAAUAUUCUCUCAUUCUUUAUUCAAAA